CCCCACCCAGCCACCAUGAAUACCUCAGCACCACCUGCCGUCAGCACCAACAUCACCGUCCUGGCACCAGGAAAGGGUCCCUGGCAAGUGGCCUUCAUUGGGAUCACCACAGGCCUCCUGUCACUGGCCACGGUGACGGGCAACCUACUGGUUCUCAUCUCCUUCAAGGUCAACACGGAGCUCAAGACAGUCAACAACUACUUUCUGCUGAGCCUGGCCUGUGCCGACCUCAUCAUUGGCACCGUCUCCAUGAACCUCUAUACCACGUACCUGCUCAUGGGCCACUGGGCUCUGGGCACACUGGCCUGCGACCUCUGGCUGGCCCUGGACUACGUGGCCAGCAAUGCCUCCGUCAUGAACCUGCUGCUCAUCAGCUUUGACCGCUACUUCUCCGUGACCCGGCCCCUGAGCUACCGCGCCAAGCGCACCCCACGCCGGGCAGCACUGAUGAUCGGCCUGGCCUGGCUGGUUUCCUUCGUCCUCUGGGCCCCGGCCAUCCUCUUCUGGCAAUAUCUGGUAGGGGAGCGGACGGUACUGGCCGGGCAGUGCUACAUCCAGUUCCUCUCCCAGCCCAUCAUCACCUUUGGCACGGCCAUGGCCGCCUUCUACCUCCCCAUCACGGUCAUGUGCACGCUCUACUGGCGCAUCUACCGGGAGACGGAGAACCGGGCCCGGGAGCUGGCGGCCCUGCAGGGCUCCGAGACACCCGGGAAGGGGGGCGGCAGCAGCAGCAGUUCAGAGCGGUCCCAGCCGGGGGCUGAGGGCUCCCCGGAGACCCCUCCGGGGCGCUGCUGUCGCUGCUGCCGGGCCCCCCGGCUGCUACAGGCCUACAGCUGGAAGGAAGAAGAGGAGGAGGACGAAGGCUCCAUGGAGUCCCUCACAUCCUCGGAGGGUGAGGAGCCUGGCUCCGAGGUGGUGAUCAAGAUGCCCAUGGUGGACCCCGAGGCACAGGCCCCCGCCAAGCAGCCGCCCCGGAGCUCCCCGAAUACGGUCAAGAGGCCGACCCGGAAGGGGCGUGAGCGAGCGGGCAAGAGCCAGAAGCCCCGUGGGAAGGAGCAGCUGGCCAAGCGCAAGACCUUCUCGCUGGUCAAGGAGAAGAAGGCAGCUCGGACCCUGAGCGCCAUCCUGCUGGCCUUCAUUCUCACCUGGACGCCGUACAACAUCAUGGUGCUGGUGUCCACUUUCUGCAAGGACUGCGUUCCCGAGACCCUGUGGGAGCUGGGCUACUGGCUGUGCUACGUCAACAGCACCAUCAACCCCUUGUGCUACGCGCUCUGCAACAAAGCCUUCCGGGACACCUUCCGCCUGCUGCUGCUCUGCCGCUGGGACAAGCGUCGCUGGCGCAAGAUCCCCAAGCGCCCUGGCUCUGUGCACCGCACCCCCUCCCGCCAGUGCUGAUGGACCCCUCGCCUGCCUCCCUCCACCCCAGUCCCUGGUCAGAAGCAGGGCUGUGACCUCAGACCUGGGGCCCCCAGGUCACCAUCCUGCAUAGCCCAGAGAUACCCUGCCGACUUUCCACACUUUGCAGGGAGGGGAACCCGGGGAAUGGGUUUUUCUGUUCCCUGCUGGGAGGGAAUGGGCUCUUCACCAGGAAGAAGGCCCAGGAGGAGGAUCCGGGCUUUGGAUUCCUUGUUUGUGUUAGGCAGGAAGUCUGUCCAGAGCCAGCCAGCAGGGAGGGCCAGGAGAAAAGAGGUAAACUGUGCAGUUAUCCCUGGCCCAGGGGCUGGCCUGCAUGCAGUGGGAGAUGGCACCCCCCUCCCCACCGCCAGCAGGGAACUGACACCAACCAUAGAGAGAAAAGCUUGGCUCCAGGGAGCACCCCCCCACUGGGGACCUCCUCCCUCCCCAGGCACAGCCCACUCUGCUGGGCCCUAAGCACACUCUCCAGGAUUGUCCAUCCACCUGACACAUGUCCCUGGAAUGUCCCUGCGUGGGUCAUCCCCAAGACAAAUGUCCAAGCAUCAGCAGGACAAUGACAUCAGAAGGGACCAGCUUGGUCAGUCACACAUCAAGUCCCAAGGCAGCACCAGGACCAGGCACCAGUGGUCCCAACUGUCCCAUUAUGUCUUUUCCCUGGGAGUGAGGGGCAGGGUGACUGCUCUCCAGCCCCACAACUGUACCCCCUGCCCCAGAGAAACCCUCAGUCCCUCCGUCCCUGGCUCACAGGCGCCACCCGGAAAGAUCUGCCCCAUCAGAUCUCGCCAGACCUCCUGCAUGCUGCCUGCCUCUGGCAACCCCCUCCACAGGCCUGGCCCAGCUGACAGUUUCUCUCCUGUGAGCUCCCCAGUCUGACCCAUGCAUGGCCUCCCAGCCACCCUUAUCUGCAGGCUCAGCCUGGCCCCAAAUGUUCUUUCCUCCCAACCUCAGCAAGUGCUGAGUCUGUGAAUAAAGCCACAUAACCAGCAGG